GCGUGACCGGCCUGUGCAGGCUCGGCUUGCUCGGGCCUAACAUUUCUUUUCCAUUAUCCUACCUCAGGGGAAUAGCCGAAUGCUAGAUGAGUUGCGAGUUGCAUUUCAUCGAGCACAUCUAGACCAUCGAUCUCGUGAUUUCCGUAGCUGAGAUUCACAUAAUUAAUGAUUGGGGUGAUAUUUGGUUAACAUGCUUCCAAAUCAAUGCAAGAACGGCGAGAGAAAGAGAGAGAUAUUGAUUGAUUUUGGGUGGUUGAGCAUGCAUUUCUCACUCGGCUUUUGUUUUUCUUCAAAAUAAAGCUGUACAACAUGGAACAAGAACACAGCAGUGAACACUAAACAUGCACCCCACGUUCACAACAGCCAAGAGCCUCCAGAAUUAGAAAUCGCCUAAAAUUCCCACCAACAAAGAGAGAGAGAGAGAGAGAGAGAGAGAGAGAAAGAAAACCAACAUUAGCCUUCACGAUUUUGUCUAUCUCACUAGAUUCUAUUGACAUUCUUUUCUCUCUCUCCCUGUCACACUUUGGAGUUGGCUUCUUCCCUUCUUUUCUUCCUCUCUCGCUCCCGUUGCCCAGCAGCUAAUUCAAACCAGACAUAUCAAUCAUGUCUCUCCCUCUUCCUUGUUGAAGCUUUAACGAUAUCGCGUCGGGGUCGAUUCUAUUCGGUACCCCGAAUACAUAUGCUCUUGUGGCCGUGUGUUGUUGUCGGCUCAUCGGAUCGGUAUAAUCUGUUCUGACCAAAUGAUGGUCCGGGCCCUGGAACAAGAGCAAGAGGACUACAGGUCUAGGCUCUUCCAUUUCCAGGGUAUGCACGACAACGCGGGGCAUCAUGUCAAGAGCUUGAGUGCCGAGCAGAGCAUGUGCGUUGAAGAGCUCUCGGGCGAUGAUGCGACAAUGUCAAGAAGCUACGGAGCGAAGCCUCAGAAUGAGAAACCGAUGGAGCAACAACAGAUUGGUUGGUCGCUCCAUAAAUCUACCGCCAAGGCCCCUAAAUCGCGCCUAGCCCGUGACAAAGCUAAAGAUAAGCAACCAACAGAAACGGAUUUGAUAAAGGAAAGGUUUGCGAAGCUGCUUUUGGGUGAGGAUAUGUCUGGUGGAGGAAAAGGUGUUUCCUCGGCUUUGGCCUUAUCGAAUGCCAUCACAAAUCUGGCCGCUUCUGCAUUUGGCGAGCAAAAGCGGCUAGAGCCCAUGGCCCCAGAAAUGAGAGCGAGGUGGAAAAAGGAGAUCGACUGGCUCUUAUCUGUCACGGACCACAUUGUUGAAUUCGUUCCUUCUCAACAGAAAACUAACGGGGUGAACAUGGAGAUUAUGACAACGAAGCAACGCACCGAUCUCCACAUGAACAUCCCUGCUUUGCGAAAGCUAGAUGCAAUGCUCAUCGAUUGUUUGGAUAACUUCAAAGACCAAAACGAAUUCUUCUAUGUAAAGGAUGACAAGGACUCAGAGAAAGGAAAUUCGAAGAGAAAAGAUGACAAGUGGUGGUUGCCCACGGUAAAAGUGCCGCCGAAUGGUCUCUCGGAAAUGUCAAGGAAAUGGCUCCAGUUUCAGAAGGAUUCUGUCAACCAGGUCCUGAAAGCGGCUAUGGCGAUAAAUGCGCAAGUCUUAUCAGAAAUGGAGAUACCCGAAAAUUACAUUGAAUCUCUACCUAAGAAUGGAAGAGCAAGCCUUGGAGACUCCCUCUACAAGAACAUAACAGACGAAUACUUCGAUCCAGAUCAAUUCCUCUGCGCGGUGGACAUGUCGUCCGAACACAAAAUCCUAGACCUAAAGAACAAGAUCGAGGCCUCGAUCGUAAUAUGGAAGAGGAAGAUGCACAAUAAGGAUAGUAAAUCAUCUUGGGGAUCCGCUGUGAGCAUGGAGAAGAGGGAGCUUUUCGAAGAGAGAGCGGAGACAAUUUUGCUCCUCCUUAAGCAACGGUUUCCAGGAAUAUCUCAAUCAGCACUGGACAUUAGCAAAAUCCAAUACAACCGGGAUGUUGGACAGGCUAUCCUAGAGAGCUAUUCAAGGAUACUAGAGAGCCUGGCCUUCACAGUGUUGUCCAGAAUCGAAGAUGUCCUCCAUGCCGAUUAUAUUGCGCAGAAUCCAUCGCAAGCAUCACAGAAGAGAAACCCUCUAAGAGAUUGUCCAUCACUGACAGGGACACAGAAGUUCAACGCUCAAGAGGAGAUAGAGAAGCUAAAUUUGUCAGAAGCACCCAGUUCAAUGACAUUAUCGGACUUCAUGGGGUGGAACUUGGAUCAACAAGAGGCCGAGGAAAAGAAAGACAGAGCUGCUGAUGAUUUGCUUAAAGACAGUGAAGGGAAGCACAUGGAUAAGCUCUCCUACGUAAGGACCACCAACAAGAAGGUUUCAUAUCUCGAGAACUUGGGCGGCGUAAGAAGCCCCACUUCACGCCAUUAGUGGUAGUUUCAUAGAGGAAGAAAGGUUAGGAAGGACGGCAAGUGAAAGAGAAGAUUUAUGGGAGGAAAAUUCAAAGCUUCAAGGAACAGAGAUCACGAUUGAAGAUACAAGGACCUGCACGAGUGCCCUCAUGAAUUGUAUUUGGCUAAUGCUACUCUUUUCCUUCUGUAAUUGAGGAGGAUUAGGAGGAUGAAGAAAGCUAAUAAUCUGAGUGUCUUGUACAUGCUAACUUCAGCGCAAGCAAAGCUCUGGUCCGCCAA